UCGCGAGGCACCUCUCGAAUAAUUCAUCGAGUUUCUCAACAAAAGACGCGCUCACCCUCGAGCUCGUACUAAAUUUCAGUAUCCGAAAAAAGUGCGGAAAACACCCACCAUAACGAUCAACUGGACUAACAUGUUAUCCGUCUCAUUGGCGAUUUAACUACGGGGUACGGGACAACAAGGUUUUAAGGAAGAAAAAGUAGAAUCGGCAAAAGUCCCAAUGGGUACCGGAAGCGGAGACAAAGAUAAAAACGCAAAGUCGCGCCUGAGGCCGAUAAAAAUCACGGCGGUGGGCGACGGUAUGGUCGGCAAAACUUGCAUGCUCAUCACGUACACGGAGAAAAAGUUUCCCAUGGAAUACAUCCCCACUGUCUUUGAAAACUAUCCAAAGACGAUUGAAGUGGAUGGCCACGCGUACGACGUCACCCUGUGGGACACGGCUGGCCAAGAGGACUACGAAAGAUUGAGGCCUCUCUCCUAUCCAAACACCGAUUGUUUCCUGCUCUGUUUUUCCAUAAACGCUCGCAGCUCGUACGAAAACGUAGCGAGCAAAUGGUACCCCGAGCUCAAGGUUCACUGCCCGAAUAUUCCGAUACUUCUCAUUGGAACGAAAGGUGAUCUAAGAAUCGAGAGCGGCGAGAUAAUAACGCCCAAGGAGUGCAACAAGAUGAAAAAGAAAAUCCGAGCGUACAAGUACAUGGAGUGCUCGGCGAAGAUGCAGGACGGCCUGGACGAGGUAUUCACCGAGGCGGUGCGAGCUGUCCUCAAGAGACCGACCAGUCGAAAGUUUUGCUGCGUGUGAGAGAUGGCAAGGACGAACUGAUUCGAAAGGAAGAGUCCUAACUAUACGUCUCGAUCUAAAAUGAUCGCGAUCUUUCAUUGUAGCUUCGCCUAAAGACUUUUUACCUCCGCGGAAUUUGUAUAUACACACGCAUAAUAGCACGAUCGGUGUUGUUGCUUUUAUUGACGAGCAGAUGAUUCAACGGACCAGUGAAAAAGUUUAUUUACGGCGAGAAGAGUGCUUUGAGUAAAGGAAUAAUAUGUACAUGUACACACGUAAUAAGAGAAAAGUAUGCAUCGACAGUAUUUUUUAGAUAAAGUUUUUUAAUGUUUCAUAAGUAAUUGCACCACAACUUCUGGUAGAACUUUCCUUGUCAAAGAUACUCGAUUGCUGAUUGAUACUUGUUUUAUGAAUGUCAUGAUGUUUGAAUGUAUAGGUAAACGUAGAUACUGAUAUAUCAAUAAAAUCUUUACUGGUUACACGAAGCGAUUAAUCAUGGAUCAUGUUAAAUGACGCACUUUUUAAGAACACUGUUCAACGAUUAACUAUCAUAAAAUAACGUUACUUCAGGUACUUAUACUAGAAUUAAGAUUGUUUAUUUUUUCACAAAAUAAUUCGCAUUGGUGUUUUUUUUAGAACGUAAUGCAGAAACAUUAGUAAAUUUAUCCCAGAAAUAUGGGAAACUUUUUGAUACAUAAAUUUAUAAGUGUAAAGCAUGGUAAUUAGGAUUCAUCAUGUACACCGAGAAUAUGAUCCCUCAUUGAAUAAUGUACAAAAUUAUUGUACAGAUAAGAUCACUAGAAAUAAAGAAACUAACACAGAUUAGAAUCAA